AUGUAUAGUUCUGCAAGUUGCCUCAUCAGUUUGGUUGCUUUCUCAAUGUUGUGGUUUCUUCUGCAAGCAUCAGUGAUGAGUGCAAAUUUCAGCAUUGGUGUGAUUCUUGAUCAAGCUUCUAGGCCUGGAAAAGAGGCCAAAGUAGCCAUUGAGAUAGCAAUUCAAGAUUUCAACAUCAAAACCAAUCAGACUUCUGUUUUAUAUCUUCAAAACUCUCGAAACAAACCCCUUCAUGCAGCUAUUGCAGCAAAACAUCUUAUUGAUGAAGACAAUGUGAAAGCCAUUUUGGGAGGUCAUACAUGGGAAGAAGCUUCUGCCAUAGCUGAAGUUAUCAGUGAAGCUGAUCAAAAUGUUCCAGUCUUUCUCUCACUAUCGACUACACCACAGGUCACUCAUCAAUGGCCAUUUUUCUUUCAAGCAGUUCCCACACAAUCAACACAGAUGAAUGCAGUGGCUGCCAUUUUACAAUCAUGGGGUAUACGUCAAGUUACUCUCAUAUAUGAAGCCUCACAGCUAUCCUCAACAUCAUCAAUCAUCUCUCAUCUCUCGCAGGCAUUUCGACAAACAGGUUCUGAGCUAAACCAUAUCUUACCACUCACAUCUGCGUCGUGUUUGUUGGAAGAAGAGCUUGAGGUGCUCAAGAAGCAACAAGUUAAAGUCUUUGUAAUUCAUACAUCCCUGGAACUCGGUAUUCGUCUCUUUCAGGCAGCCAAGAAAAUGGAAAUGACUGGAGACGGGUAUCUAUGGAUUGCAACUAAUGGAAUCACAGAUAGUUUUCAUUCCAUUAAUUCCUCCCUGAUUUCUUCAAUGAAAGGCAUGAUCGGAGUCAAAAGCUACUUCCCGGAAAACAUUCCGGAGUUUACAGAUUUCAGCAAAAGAUUCCGUCGGAAGUUCAGUUCCGAUUACCCAGAAGAAGAGGAGGACGAACCUGGAAUUUUUGCAGUGCAAGGAUACAAUGCCGUGAAAUUGUUAGAAGAAAUAUCACCUGAAAACUUUGAUCACAAAAUACUUCCCCCGCAGAGUAUCGUCGAGAUCGUGAAAGUGGUAGGAAAGGGAUAUCACAGUGUGUACUGGACCGAAGGAUCAGGGUUUUCAGAGACAAUGGACGAUGACAUCAACGGAGCAACCACGUACACCAAUUCAAUGGACAGCGUCGGACAAGCUUUGUGGCCGGUGCAACCGUGGUAUGCCAAUAAACGGCGCCGGAAACUCGCCGGAAAUCCAGAGAUUCGGAUGAGGGUCGGCGUGCCUGGUCGAUCGCUGUUUAAGCAAUUCGUGAACGUGGAAUAUAAUCCCAAGAAGAAUGAAACUGUGAUCAGUGGAUUCGUAAUCGCUGUGUUUGAUGAAAUUAUGAGAGAAAUGAAACUGCCAUACGAUUAUUUUCCAUUCAAUGGUUCUUACGACGAACUGAUGAGACAAAUACCAGCAGAGAAAUUCGACGCCAUAGCAGGCGACGUAACAAUUGUAGCUAGAAGGCACGAGUACGUCGAUUUCACGCAACCAUACACUGAAUCAGGUCUGGAGAUGAUCGUCCCCAUCCGCUCCAAAUUAUCAAACCAGCCAUGGUUGUUCAUGAAGCCUUUUACUGCACAAAUGUGGUGGCUAAUAGCAGCAAUCACCCUUUACAACGGCUUCAUCAUUUGGUUGAUCGAGAAACCCCAUUGCAAGCAUCUUCAAGGCUCCAUAAUAACUCAAAUCGGAAUAGUAAUUUGGCUUGCAUUCACCACACUCUUCACUUUGCGAGGGGACAGGUUGCAUAGCAAUUUGUCAAGAAUGGCAGGUGUCGUUUGGCUGUUUGUGGCGCUAAUCAUCACACAGAGCUACACGGCUAGCUUUGCGAGCAUGCUCACGGCUCAACGACUCGAACCCACCAUAACCAGUGUUGAGAUGCUCAGAAACAUGAACGCAACCGUGGGGUACUGCAACGGGUCCUUUAUCAACUACUACUUGAAAGAUGUUCUCGGUUUCAAGAGCUUCAAGGUCAACAGCUAUAACUCAACUCAUCGAUACGCAGAAGCCCUAAACAGUGGCGAAAUCGCCGCCAUCUUUCUUGAAGCUCCGGUAGCCAAAGUCUUCCUAGCUCAGUACUGCAAGAGCUUCGUUAGAACCGGAGAGACAUUCAAAGUUGGUGGUUUUGGAUUCGCAUUUCCGAAGGGAUUUUCAUGGCUUUCGGAUGCUAAUAAAGCCCUAAUGAAUGUAUCGGAAAGUGGAAAACUGAAAGAACUAGAAGACACGUUCCUUACAUCUGAGAAGUGUGUGGACGACGAAUCUUUUCGUAACGGAGAUGAGAGUCUUAGCCCUCUGAGCUUCUCGAUACUAUUUGUGUUAACGGGAGGGACAUCAACGGUUGCUCUUGUCGUGUACGUUGUCAUGAGCAUUAGACAAUUUAAAGAAUCUAAUCCCGGAGUCACAAAUAUCUUCGAACUGAUAUAUGUAUUUAUGAAAGACCAAUGGUAUCAAUGGAGACACUCAUCUAGAGUAGUUGCCGAUGCAGAAAGCCCCACAGGACUCCAGAUGGGUCCGGUGAACACGAGUUGAGGUGGAUCUUGUAACAAAUACGAUACGAUUGGUUGUCUAUUCUUAACAAGAGAAUUGUAAAAACUUUAUGAUGGCCAUUUUUGUCAUUUCACUUGUUAGAUAACAAUACUCUGACUUGAGUAUGUAACUCGUUGUGGUGUAACAGAUUAGAAAAAGGAAGUCUCAGUAAUAUACAAAAUAACCCACUCACUCCUGAAGUUUAGAGUCUCGUGUGUUAUUCA